GACCAGUUUUCCUCAAGAUACAGCUGCACGAUUCAAUGGAGCUGCUACACUUUCUGGAGCGGGAGUUUCGCGCUGGUGUACAAACAACUGGACUUCCAAAAAUACACGCUGUUCGGAAGACGAGUGUGUAGUUUAACAGUUUGAAUGUUAUUAUGGCUGUUUGUGACUCGAAGCCCGUUCCCGCGAAACUGCUCAAUGCCGCGCCUCCGUACGGACAUGUUAUCGUUAAUGAGAAGUGGAGGGGCUCGACACUCGUGCAGUCUUUAAAAGGGAGUGUGAAGACAAUCUUUGAAGAGGAGCUUGGUGUUGUGGACUUCUGUCUCAGUAAUAAAACAUGUGUCCUGUAUGUGACAGAGAGCGAUCUGGUUGCCGGAAGUGGCCACAGGAGGAAGAUUGCCCGCUUUAGAAAUGCAAACAGUGGUCUGCAGGGUAUUGUGAUCGUGGAAAAGACUCAUCUGAGUGAGCAGUAUUUCAGCGGACUGCAGAAGUUUGUUGUUUUUGAGUUGGGUCUGACUUUAUUACCUGUGUCCAGUCCUGCUGAAGCGGCUCAGCUCAUAGGGCAACUGGUUCUUGGAGAGAACAAGGAGAACCCAUUUCGCAGGAAAAGUGUGUCUAGACUGCUGGAACCGGUAGUGUUGAAUCUAGUCCAACAGAUUCCUGGGGUUGGAAAGGUGAAGGCUAUGUUACUUCUUCAGACGUUCCCCAGUAUUUAUGAGCUCAGCGGUGCUUCAGUGGAUGAGCUUGAGCCUAUAGUGGGCCAGAGUACAGCCCAAAACAUUACAGCAUUCUUCCAUACCCAGUUCACAUAGAUACAAUCUGACACAUUUUCCCCAUAGCUUAUCAAAUUUGGUAAUUAAUAUUGAUUGAAUAUAUUUUAUCUUCUCAUUUGUGUCCAUAUGUAAAUAUAUUGUAUUUAUGUUACUUGUUGGUUGUCUUCUUUGUACAGGAUUGUAGGUUAAAUGAAACUAUAUUUUAAUUUAAAAACAUUGGAUUUAACUUUGUGUCCCCAAGUCGAAUUAAAGAAACAUGUCAUUAUACUUUGCAUGAAAUGAAGCCUAUUUAUUUUCCUGU